UCUCUCUCUAAAAAUUGAUUUCUCAUUUUCUUUCCAUUUAUCGUGUCCUGCAGUCUCACUGUUAUGGCUUUGUCAAUGGCUUCCAUGUCUGGACUUAUUAAAAAAGACCUCAAAAUUUCGCCAAGCAUGGGGUACUCUGUUAGGAGAGCACCAAUGAGCUUGGGUUUAAGAAGUGGGUUUUCAUUAGCAAGUAGAGGAAGAAGCUUUGAGGUUGAGAACGAUGGUUUGGGUGUUUCUGAAAGAUGUCCAACUCCUAUUUUACUGGCUCGGGCUUCUAGGAGUCGUAUAGUUUUGUGCAAAGCUGAAGUGAAUGUAGCCGGAGAUGUUCCAAGCAACAACCCUAGUGGAAUGAGCCAGUAUGAGAGAAUUGUGGAGUUGUUGACAACUCUCUUCCCAGUAUGGGUUAUUUUGGGCACAAUUAUUGGUAUAUACAAGCCAUCUGCAGUUACUUGGUUAGAAACAGACUUAUUUACUGUUGGCUUGGGUUUUCUCAUGCUAUCUAUGGGACUGACAUUAACCUUUGAAGAUUUCAAACGGUGCAUGCGAAACCCAUGGACUGUGGGAGUUGGGUUUCUUGCUCAGUACCUCAUCAAACCAAUGUUAGGCUUCUUCAUUGCCAUGGCUUUAAAGUUGUCUGCUCCUCUUGCAACUGGCCUCAUCUUGGUGUCAUGCUGCCCUGGAGGCCAGGCAUCAAAUGUGGCUACAUACAUAUCUAAAGGAAAUGUGGCACUCUCAGUUCUUAUGACUACCUGCUCAACAAUUGGUGCUAUUAUCAUGACUCCUCUCCUAACUAAGAUUCUUGCUGGUCAGCUUGUUCCUGUUGAUGCAGUGGGCCUUGCCAUAAGCACAUUUCAAGUUGUCCUGGUGCCAACUGUGGUUGGAGUGUUGGCGCAUGAGUAUUUUCCAAAGUUUACGGAGAAAAUAAUCACACUCACACCAUUAAUUGGGGUUGUCCUGACCACCCUUCUUUGUGCAAGUCCUAUUGGACAAGUGUCAGAAGUCUUGAAGGUCCAAGGAACCCAACUUAUAUUUCCUGUAGCUCUCCUUCAUAUAGCUGCAUUUGCUCUUGGGUAUUGGCUUUCAAGGUUAUCAUCUUUUGGUGAAUCCACGUCUCGUACAAUUUCCAUUGAAUGUGGGAUGCAGAGCUCAGCACUAGGGUUUUUACUGGCUCAGAAACACUUCACGAAUCCUCUUGUUGCUGUUCCUUCAGCUGUUAGUGUCGUCUGUAUGGCGUUGGGUGGAAGUGCUCUUGCUGUCUUUUGGAGGAACAGGCGAAUUCCCGCUAAUGACAAGGAUGAUUUCAAGGAGUAAAUGGUUGGUAUUCAAAACUCGCUUUGCAAAUUGUUCAGGAACAAGUAUAUUUGGUUUCCCUCUCCAUUUCUGUUGGAAACCGAGCUCUUUCAUCUCCCUUUGCAGAGGAUCUUAUUAUUUCACUUCUGGAUUUUAUAGGUAGAUAAAAAUUUUGGGUAUGGGCUUUGGGAACUGGUAUAUAUUAUCUUGUGUCAGACCAUCCAUUACUAUAGUGCGAGUCUUUAAAGAGAAAAUAUGUAUGUUUCAUAUGGUCUGUUGUUUGAAUUAUGAUUGAAGUAUAAGCAGUGGGCUAUACCAGUCACACAGUACUUUAAUGAAGCUGAGCGGGAUUCUUUCAGUUGUAAA